AUGUGGCUCCUCUUGCUGUGGGGCUGCCUCCUGCUCCCAGGAUCUACAGCCCUGGAGGGUCCGAAGGAGAUCAGUGGGUUUGAAGGUGACACGGUGUCCGUGAGGUGCUCCUACAGGGAGAAGCUGAAGAGGAACCAGAAAUACUGGUGCAGGAUGGGCGGUAUCUUCAUCUCCCGCUGCUCUGGCACCAUCUAUGCGGGAGAAGACGGCCAGGAGGUGGCAUCGGGCAGGGUAUCCAUCCGCGACAGUCUCCAGGAGCAGGCGUUCACCGUGACUCUGAGGAACCUCACCCUGGGGGAUGACGGGAAGUACUGGUGUGGGGUCACACGACUGGGCUUCGAUGAGACUCUCCUGGUGACUCUGGUCGUCUUUCCAGGGCCCUGCUGUCCUCCCUCCCCUCCUCCCCGCUUCCAGCCUCUUGCUACAAGGAGCUUCCAGCCCAAGGCGAAAGCUCGGCAAACUCAGCCCCCAGAAUUGACUUCUCCCGGUCUCCACCUGAGAGUCACCACAGCCAAGCAGGGGAAGACAGGGGCCGAGGCCCCUCCAUAUACAGAGACCUCCCUGUACCCACACACAGGACACUCUCUAUACACAGGAGCCUCUCAUGCAGUGACCUCUCCUCAUGCAGCGACCUCUCCUCACGCAGAGACCUCUCCUCAUGCAGGGAGCUCCCUCCUGGCCACACAGCUGGACUCCACCUCGGCAAAAGGCACCAGCCCCAUCCCCAGCAGCAGCAGCUCCAAGUCCAGGGUGUCCAUCCCAAUGGUCCGCAUGUUGGCCCCAGUCCUGGUGCUGCUGGCCCUUCUGCUGGCCACAGGGCUGGCUGGCCUCGGCAGCCACGUGCUCCGCUGGAAGAAAGAAGGUGAGCAAGGCUCACUGGCCAUGGAGACAGAGAAGAACCAGAAGGUCCACCUCCCACACUUGACGUCAGAGGAAGAAGAGCCUUCUUCCCAGAACCCCAAGGGGGACAGCAUCCCAGUGCCUCCCCACCACUUGUCUGGGGACAAGCUGUUCCACUCAGAGUUCCUUCCUGUCUAG